AUGCAGACGCAGGUCGUCAAGAUCCCCGCCCAGGGAUCCGAACUAGGGCACUUCCGCGACUCCGAGGGUCCAAGCAGGCUGGAGGAGUGGUGCGUGAGCGAUGCCGAGUCGUCGCGGGACUCGAUCGAGGCGCUCGCCCAGGCCGGCGCGCACCUGCAGCACAGGGACACGCCGGUGGCCUUCCCGACGGAGACGGUGUACGGCCUCGGCGCCGACGCCACGCGCAGCGCCGCGGUCCGGGGCAUCUACGCGGCCAAGGGGCGGCCGUCCGACAACCCGCUCAUCGUGCACGUGUGCGACCUGCGGAUGCUGCGGCGGCUGCUGGGCACCGCCGCGGACGGCACGCCCAACGCGUUGCCCGACCGGUACGCGGCGCUGAUCGAGCGCUUCUGGCCGGGCCCGCUGACGAUUCUGCUGCCCAACGCGCGGCCGUCGGCGCUCGCGCCCGAGGUGACGGCGGGGCUGGCCACGUUUGGCGUGCGGAUGCCGUCGUCGACGCUGGCGCUGUCGCUGAUACGGCUGGCGGGCGUGCCGCUGGCGGCGCCGUCGGCCAACGCCUCGACGCGGCCGUCGCCGACGGCGGCGCACCACGUGCGGCACGACCUCGAGGGCCGCAUCGAGCUGAUCCUGGACGGCGGGCCGAGCCGCGUCGGCGUCGAGAGCACCGUAGUCGACGGCCUGUGCGACCCGCCGGUCGUGCUGCGGCCCGGUGGCGUGAGCAUGGAGGAGCUGCGCGCCUGCCCCGGCUGGGAGCGCGUCGUCAAGGCAUACAAGGACCACAGCGAGGAGGGCAAGGCGGCGCCGCGCGCGCCGGGCAUGAAGUAUAAGCACUAUAGCCCCACGGCGCGCGUCGUGCUGUACGAGGCGUCGUACGGUGGCGCCGUGGACGGCGGGGGAAUCGCGCCGGUAGAUGUCGAGGCUGCCGCGCGCGCGCUCGAGAACGGGCACGCGUCGGGUGGCGGCGAGGCACAACCGGCGCGCAAGGUGGGCGUCAUUCGAACGCAGCGGUGGAAAGCGGGCGGUGGCAUUCAAGUACAGAACUGGCGCGAGGCAUCACCCGUGGCGACGGAGGUGGACAAGUCAGUAUAUGAAGUGUAUACGGGCGACCUUAUCGGCGCCAGCGGCCAGGUGGUCGGCGAGCUGUUUGACGUGAACCUGGGCAAGGAGGCGAAGGGCAUCGCGCAAGGGCUCUUUGCCGCGCUGCGUGAACUCGAUAGCCGAGGCGCCGACACAAUAUUUGUCGACGGUAUAGACGGAGAAUUAGACAUUGCAGCGGCGGUCAUGAAUCGCCUACGCAAAGCAGCAUCGGAACUGAGAUCAUGA